AUGGCAUCGAUGAAGUUUGAUCUACCGCUGCUGGAUUACAAGACGAGAUUUGCACUGUGGCAAGUCAAGAUACGGAUGAUUCUGGCACAAUCUUUGGAUCUUGAUGAGGCGCUGGACGGUUUCGGAGGAAAAGGACAAAAGUCAUGGACCGCUGAAGAGAAGCGGAAGGAUCAUACCAUACUAUUAAGCCGUGAUGAACUAACCCUUGUGGAAGUAUAUGAGGCCCUCCAGACUAGGGAGAAGAUGAAAGGUAUCGUUCAGUCUGAUGUGUCGUCCUCCAAGGGUGAAGUGUUGCAGGUUAGAGGCAGGCCCGAGCAGAAAACCUACAACAACAACAAUAAUCGAGACAAGAGCAAGAACGGUAAAGGUCGUUCGAAGUCCAGAGGCAGGGAUAAGUUCUGCAGGUAUUGUAAGAAAGAUACUCAUGUCAUUGAGGAUUAUUGGAAGCUGUAG